AAUUUUUGUUUUUUGAAAAAAAAUUUUAUUAAAAAAACAAAAGAAAAUUUUAAAUUUAAAAAAGAAAAUAACUUUAAAAUAAUUAAUAAAAACAAGAGAAAUAUUUCUAGAAAUCCCUUCCAAAAAAGGACAAAAGUUGAAUAACUUCUACACGCAUACACACACAUAAACACUUAAUAAUAAGUCCACAAGUAAUACUAUUUGGUCGCCCACUCUACCCAAAAACAAAAAAAAAUAUUUUAUUUUUUUGUUUUUUUUUUCUGAUUACACGCGUGUUAGUUAAUAAUAACCGAAAUUUAGCAAUAACAACAACAACAACAAAAUCUAACAAAAACAAAAGCAAAAGUUCUGCUUUAUACCCUUCCCAUAAACACGGAGGGCUUUCAACGAAACGUCAUCAUUAACAUCAUCAUCAUCAUCACAGCAAAUUAGUGAGAAAGAAAACAAGAGACCUUUUACUCAUUUCCAACAACAAAGAACACAAAAAAAAGAAGAAGAAGAGAUAAACUUGUUCUUUAGCUGUCAAGCAAAAGGAAGAAAAGAAGUGGAAAGGAAACGUUUAAACCUUAAACAAAAUUCAGCGCAAAAUUGAAAAGUCUGACGUAAAUGAACGGUCCAGGCGAUUUAACAGUAACACAUAGUAGUGCCACACCAGACCCAAAGAACUGCAGUUUAGUCUCUAUAAUACCCAUAGUAGGUAUGUCAUCAUGUAGAGGCCGAGCUGAGGCAUUUGCACGCCGUUUAUCCUCCAAGUUGCGCACGUUAGGCACACAGGCUGACGAAGCAGAUCCCUCACAGGAGGAUGAACCAAUCAUAAAUGGCGGUAAUACAAAUACUUGGGUCACCGGUGGUGAUGGCGGAGAACAAACGGUCACAGAUCUACAACCAUUGAGACAUGAGUCGGAUUCGUUUUUUGAUUUCGAUUGUGAACUAGAGAGUCCCGGCAGUCCGGUUGAUGAAUGUGAAUAUUUAAGACUUAUAGAAUCUACUUCUAAUACACCACACAACUCGGCUGCAGAAUCAGGUUAUGCUUGUGCCUCGGCAGCCAGUUCACAUAGUUCCUCAGAUGGUCCCUAUUUUGAUGUUAAUUCCGAAAAUGAAGCCUGCAUGAGUCAUCUACAUCCACACCAGCUACAGACCUCAAAUCAUAUAUGUCAACCACAUCAUCAGGCGUCUAAAGAUGAGGUGGAUUGUACAUCGUCCACUUCAACGUCCAAACAAAUGACCGAAACGGGUCAAUGCAAUGGUUAUAAUAGUCAUCAUGAAGAUUUAACACAAACACUGCCCAGCGAAGGACCCGAUAUUGACAGGGCCAAAGAGCAGGAGGAAACUUUACACAUGGAAAGCUCUAAACAAAUCGAUAUAAGCCAAAGUGUACAGGCGCAAAUCCUAAGGGAAUUGCAUCAACAAUCAUUGGAUUACAAAGACGAAGAGGAGGAUAAUAACAAAAAGAAUUUGCAGGAGCAGGAUACGAACAUAACAGAGGAUACAACUAAGGUAACAGAAACGGAAACGACAGCAACUAAGGAAGAGGAAUUAAAACCGGAGCAGGAAUUGAAACAAGUUGUACACAUUAUAAAUGGUCAUGGCGAGAAUGGUGAAGAUGUUUUAAAGGUAGAAGUUGAAGAAGUUAUACCAGCAGCGGAACGAAAAGAUGAAAAGGAAGAAGAAGUUAAAAAACAGGAAAAUGACUCGAAUGAAAAUGUACCCUCCAUAACAAAAGACUCUAAACAGGAACUUGAAGUACCUAUGCAAACAGAAACUGAAAAAACCAAAACUUCUCAUUUACACAUGGACACCACCGACGAUGAAGAUGACUGUCGACCCCAGAGAAUAAGACGUUGUUCGUCUUUGAAAACUGGCAAAACUCCACCGGGUACACCGGGACGCAAAAAGAUUGUACGUUUUGCUGAUGUCUUGGGUUUGGAUUUGGCCGAUGUUAAGACGUUCCUCGAUGAAAUACCCACCAUACCCAAAUCAGCCUAUGAAGACUUAGAGAUUUUGGAAUCGGAACCGCCCUUACAAUUGGGACCCAAAUCCGAUAAAAUACUUAUGCCCCUAUUCCAACAGCCCGGCGGUUUACCCAACUAUUUGGAUAUUGUACGCGAAAAGUUAGUUUCACUGGAAAAUGCCGCCGUUACCGAUAAUAUUAAUCACACCAUAACCGGUAGUGUACGGGUAAGAAAUUUGGAUUUCCAUAAAUCCGUACACAUACGUUAUACAUUAGAUGGCUGGCGUAGUUUUGCUGAUUUGCAGGCAAAUUAUGUGGAAAACUCUUGUGACGGCUUUUCGGAUAAAUUCUCUUUUAUUUUGUUCGGCAAUUCGUUGCACAUUGGUCAGCGUCUAGAAUUCGCGGUGCGUUUUCAAUGUAAGGGUCAACAAUAUUGGGAUAAUAAUUAUGGUUCCAACUACUGUUUCCAGUGUUUGCCCGCAUCGGCGCCCGUCAUAAAUCCCAUUUCAACAAUGCUUCCAUCACAUCAUAGCAAUAAUAUGGUCGCUCUAUUAAGUCCUACUGUGGGUGAAACCUGGUGUACUUCGUUUUAUUGAGCUCUCGUUACACACACGAAGAGUGCAGUGAAACGUUAAGUUUAAAAUUUAAAACAAAUGCUAAUAUUAAGAAUUAAGCGAAAGUAAUUAAAUUAAAGAAACAAAAACAAAAAGAAACAACAAUUUAUAGAAUCUAUAGAAAUUAAUUGUUAACAUGAUUAUGUUGUAUGUGUAUAUAUAUAGAAAAAAAUAUAUAUAUAUAUAGGAUUACCAGAUUACACUUAAGAAUAAUAAUACAGAUUAAGAGAAAUUGUUUAAAAUAUUUUUAAAGUUUAUGAUUUGCGGGCAAAUUUAAAGUUUGAUCAUGAUCAUGGAAUAGUUUAAGAGAAAGUUUAAAGCUUUACGUGCUGUUCGAAAAGAUUGAGUUAUAUACGAAAGAGCUUAAGUCUUCUCUUAACUUGAUAUUUCAAAAGUAGUUUAAACAACAAAAUUUUGAUCAAUACAAACGUGAGAUCAGUUAUAACGUUAGAUCAGUUCAAACGUAAGAUCAACUCAAACUUUAGAUCAGUUCUAAUGCUAAAUCAGUUUAAAUGUUGUAUCAGUUUCAACCAGAUUAGUUUAAACGUUAGAUCAGUUCGAAAAUUUACUAAAUUUUCAACAUAAAUAUCAAAAGUUAAAAUAUUGUGAUUACUAACUGAUCUUUAAGUUUAAAUCGUGUUCUUAAUUAAUCGAAUGUUCAAACGUAAGAUCAAGUCAAACUUUAGAUCAGUUCAAAUGCUAGAUCAGUUUAAAAUGUUGUAUCAGUUUGAACCAGAUUAGUUUAAACGUUAGAUCAAUUCGAAAAUUUACUAAAUUUUCAACAUAAAGAUCAAAAGUUAAAAUAUUGUGAUUACUAACUGAUCUUUAAGUUUAAAGCAUGUUCUUAUUUUAAUCGAAUGUUUUCGAAAAUUCGAUCAGUUUAAACGUUAAAAUUUUACUAAAUAUUGUUUAAAGAUAGAGUCAAUAUUCAACAUAAACAUCAAACGUUAAAAUAUUGUGAUUAAUAACUGAUCUUUAAGUUUAAAUCAUGUUCUUAAUUAAUCGAAUGUUUUACAAUUCAUAUUACUACAGUUUAAAACUGCACCUUAGUAAAGGAGUAACAGUAUAAAAGAGAAACUAUUCAAACCACUUGUGUAUUAAGUUUAGACAAGGGAUACCAGCUGAUCCACAAAGAAAACAACACUGAACACGAUCACCUUCCCUUUAUAACUUGCUUUAACCAUUAUAGUAUAAAAUGUCAUUAAACAUGAUCAAUAAAUGAUCUUUUGUUACAAAAAAACUGCUUUAACCCAAGAUACUUGUACCUACAACUAUAGGCAAGAUCACAGCUGAUCUAUAGAAUAUAAAAAAGGAAUGUAAUUCUCCCCUAAAUACGAUUAUUUUUCGUUAAUAUUCGUUUAAUCAUUAAUAUGAUCAUCUUCUUCUUUUCUCCAACUUGCUUUAACAAUUUAUUGUUUAAGAAAGUUUAAACAUUAUCUGGAGAUGAUCUAUUCUAGUCUAAAAACGAUCUCCUUCCUUUAAUAACUUAUUUUAAACGUUAACCGAUCAAGAAAGUUUAUAAUGUUAUAACACAUGAUCUAGAAGUUUAAACCUUAUCUGUAGAUGAUCAAUCACCUUCCUUAACCAACAAAUUUUAAACGAAAAUUGAUCAAGAAAAGUUAUGUUCUGAUCAUUAGUUACUUAAACUGAAAAGUUUAACUGAAGGCUCUUGUAUAAGAGAGUUGUAGGCAAGUUUCCUGUUCUCUCUCUCUCUCUCUCUUUCAAAUGAUCACCUUACGCUAAAAACCUAAUUGUUUAAGGAAGUUUAAACUUUAUCAAAGGAUUAUCUUCUACUUUGAUUAACUAAGAUGAUUUGAAAAGCACUCUACAUGAUCUAAAGGGAUCACCUUCGUUAAAUACUUUGAUUUAAACACUCAUUAACUGAAUUUUAAACUAUUGUUAAACUUUCUCAAGACCUAAUCAGUGCUGAUCAGUGCAGAUUGUUAGUAACAUGAUCAAACAAUCGUUUAAUACCUUAGUUUAACCAAUCUUUACUGAUCUUCAAACUUAGUUUUACACGAAUGUUUUACAGUUUUAGAAAAGCUUACCGCUGAUCUUCUUGGGAAAUUAAGAGAAAAUUACGUUUCUCUGUAUAUGAUCAGUAAGUUUAAAGUGUUAUUAGAUGUAAUCAAGAGAUGAUUUAUAGAUCUAAUCCCAAAGGUUUAGAUCCAUCAUCAACUUUUUUUAAACUGAUCACUGCAGAUACUUUGUAUCUUUUCUAAACAAGAUCGAUCUUAAAUUUAAAAUAUAUUUCUUGAUCUAAUCCCAAAUGUUAAGAUCCAUCUUCGGGAGAAAAUGUGAUUUUGUCCUUACGUUUUGUAACAGAUCAUAAUAUUGAUCAUUUUAGUUUCUAAGAUGAUCCAACUAUGUUCUUUAGAUUGUUCGUUUAUCUGUCCAACUGUCUGUCCGUCUUUCUGCCUUUUGAGUUCUCUGAAAUCAGAAGACUCUAGUAUAAUUGGGUAACAGACCGCGCCCAAGUUUACAUUUUGAACACUGGGAAAUGUUAAAAUCUAAUGGCACUAUGUUUAAUCUUAAGUUUACUACAAAAGUUAAGUGAUAUUUAUUGAUCUAAUCCCAAAUGUGUUUUUGUCUGUACGUUUUGUAACAGAUCAAAAUAUUGAUCUUUUUAGAUUUUAAGAUGAUCCGACUAUGUUCUUCCGUUUAUCUGUCCAACUGUCUGUCUGUCUGUCCGUCUUUCUAAUGAGUUCUAAAUGGUUGACUUCUCUAAAAUCAGAAGACUCUAUUAUAAUUGGGUUACAGACCCGGCCCAAGUUUACAUUUUGAACACACUAAUCUUAAGUUUAUUUCAAAAGUUAAAAGAUAUUUCUUGAUCUAAUCCCAAAUGUUUAGACCCAUCGUCGUGAGAAAAUGUGAUUUUGUCCUUACGUUUUGUAACAUAUCAUAAUAUUGAUCAUUUUAGUUUCUAAGAUGAUCCAACUAUCUUCUUCCCUUUGUCUGUUUAUUUGUCCAACUGUCUGUCCGUCUUUCUGCCUUUUGUGUUCUAAAUGGUUAAGUUCUCUGAAAUCGGAAGACUCUAGUAUAAUUGGGUCACAGACCCGGCCCAAGUUUACAUUUUGAACACUGGGUAAUGUUACAAACUAACGGCACUAUGUUAAAUCUUAGGUCUAUUAAAUAGUAAAGUGAAAUUUCUCUAUUAAAAACUUUAAAAAUGUAAUGCUAUGUAUACACUGUCAUUAGAGCUGACAACGUUGGCAGUAAAAUAAGCAGAAAAUAUCUAAUAAUACUGUCAACUUACAUAUUUUGUCUUGCAAUAUGUUAGGUAAUGCUUUUUCUGACAAAGUUGCAAAAGAAAUUUGGAUAUUUUUCUGAAAAUUUUACUGACAACGUUGUAAGAUCUGACAAACGUGUUUAACGGCUUUAAUGAAUGCAAGACCUCAACAUUUUGAAUAAAUCUUCUAUUCUGGUGUAAUCUUGUGCCUAUAUAUAAGUUUAUGGUUAUAAUUGCAGCCUUUUCUUUAUUGUUAAUGAAAUGACAAGAAAAUAACAACAAAAAUAAACAUUCAUAUCGAAAUAUUUUAAAUAUUUAUUUUUUUAUAAACACCAUUUUGUAUUGUUGAUUUUUCUAUUUACAAUUAUCUAUUUAUACAAAUUUUUUUAACAAA